CGCCGUCCCUUUAAGAUCUCGGAGAAUGCUCUGCUUGAACAACACGUCCAUUGACACGCUGUGCAAAGCCCCGUCGCGAUCGUCGCCCGUCGUCGUGACGCCCAAGUACCUCGCACAGCUGAGCAAGCGCCAGAACACACCCGUGGUUCCACUGCCGGCGUGCUACGCCCACGCCAAGUACGCCACGUCACUCGUCGGCGGGAAGCGCGUGCCUUUUAUACCACACCAGGUGCGCCGGCUGCGUGCACGCCGCUGCAUGAAGCGUAUUUCUCCCAUCUUUGAAGACGGCUACCAUCAUAUCUCGAGGUCGUCGUUGCCGGUGGUGGCAGGCCCGACGCUAGCGAUGCCUGGCAUGAGCUGCUAUCUCUAG